AUGCGUCUCAGUCUCGCCGUCGCCGCCGCGCUGCCCCUCGCCGCCACCGCCUACACGGCGCACCCGAUGCUGCUCAAGGCCGCCGCCCAGCAGAACUGCGACCUGCCGCAGCAGUUCAAGAUUCGCGAUUUUGCCGGGCAGGCCAACGGCACCGCCGACGCGUCCGCCCCGACCUUUUUCACCUUUUCCUACGCCGACGCGGCCACCAAAGUCGAGACGACGUGCCAGCUCAAUGCUACCUCCAAGUCGACGUCGCCCGCAGGCCUGACGCCGCGCUUCGCCUGCGAGAACCGUGACGUAAAGUUCAUCUGGGAGCAGAACAAGCAGCAGCUGGCCAUUAUCGAGCGAGCGUGCCCAUCCCCUCAAGGAACGCCGCUCUACGAGGCAACCGGCACCAUCUUCAUCUCGGCGCCGUGCAAGGGUGGCGUAUGUGCCGCCAACGCCACAGAGUACACGGGCAACUUUACCAGCCUCCAGCCUGUGCGGGACCCGACCAGCUUCAAGAUGGCGUAUGAAAUGAUGCAAAUGGAAUAA